UAACAAUAUUACCGUUGCCUGCAUAAAUGUGUGUGUAAACUGUAAAUCUUCACUAGUUCUCUACAACUUCCUCGUGCCAGUGGUCAUGAUACAGUGAAAAAAAAAAUUAAGAACGCGAAAAAAAAACUAGAAGUCCAGUGAUAUGGAUUACGCCGUCAGAACCCGAAAAUACCGUAAUACGCGCGAAUGUAACCUCAAUCUGACAUUUUUCCGUUAUCGCAGCAAAUAGUUCAGCUGUUGAUGAAAAAUAAAAAGAAACAAGUUGAAGUUUAUUAUUAGUAAUUUGAUAGAUGAGUCUUCAAGACAAUCUCUUUACUGAGGAGAUCGAGAACGACGUGACGCUUUUUUCGCAGCGGAAAGAAGCCAAACGAGUUUUGAUUUUCCCACCAGUGAACAACUACCGACGUUUUCUCAUUCAUCAAAUUGUACAGGACAAUUUCUCAGAUCUCUUGAGCACGUUUUCCAUUGGUCAAGGCUCAGCCAGGCGGACUGUCGUGUGCUACAAGUCAGACGUGAUUCGAGAUCAAAAAUUGAAUGGUGUGGUAUCGCCGAGAGGCAGUGACUCUUCAUCAAAGAUGGGAGUCGAGGACAGACGCUCUCCAUCAGCCUCACCUGACAAUUCCCGGCAACGACAAGUGAAAUCCACACCUGCUGUCGAGAUAUAUCGUCCACCGGCAGCACGACGGGCUCAAAACGGCACAUCACCGAGUGUGAGCACGACUCCGGAAUCCACUACUCUCAAAGCAAGACAAAAAAGGCCAGAUCGUGCGGUGUACGUGCCAAAACAUCGUCGAAGUGCAGAAGCUGAAGGGAGUCAUCAACUUCAAGAGGAGGUGAUUCCUCCGAAACCGAAAAACGAGCGUCGAAGUAUUAAAAAUCCAAAUGUUGUGAGUUCCCUCGAAUCUCCCCAAAUAAAACCGAAUACACUAUCAAAAAGUUCGAAAUUAUCUGAUGAGUUAUCAAUGGACGAAUGUUUACGUCAGGAAUUGCCACCUCGGCCUCCAGAACUGCCAAUGAACAAUCACGAAGAAUUUAGCACUGAAAAAAUUCGACAUCUCGAACAAGAUAAAUUCCGCGAUGAAAACCACGGAUAUUUCGAACCGGAAGUGGCAAGUGACACAUCGAACAUUGACGUGAAAUUGAAAACUAUUCCGGAAGUGAAAAAUAACGACAAAUUGAUUAAUAACAGUGAGGAAACAAGCUUAACACGUAAUUUAGUGCCUGACGUAUUGAUAAUAUCGGGUAGUGAGAGUUCGCCGUCCCGGAAAAUAAUUCAGGCGGACGUAGCAACUGUUCGCCCGCCGGAAAAGAAAUUGAAGAAGAUGGCAAGGGCGAAGAGUAAACCUGCAUCACCUCCAUCACCACCGGUCAAGGUUAAUCGAGAUGAAUGCGACUGGGAUAGUUUGUUUGAUGACAAUGGAGAGUGUUUGGAUCCAACGUUGAUUGAAGAGUUAACGGCGGCUGUUGGAGAAGUGACAAUAGAGCAACCAAAAAACGAUUACAAAGCAUUCAGCAGGCCUGUCGAGGUAUCGAGCGAUGAAUUCGCUCAUGUAGUUGAGAUCUACAACUUUCCCUCGGAUUUUAAAACUAGUGAUCUUGCAGCUGUGUUCAGCACUUUUAAGAAUGGAGGGUUUGAGCUUAGAUGGGUUGAUGACACCCACUGCCUCGGAGUGUUCAGUAGUCCACUUGUCGCUGCUGAAGUUCUGGCGUCGGAUCACCCUUUCGUAAAAACUCGACCUCUGAGCGAGGCGACAGCACUUAGUAGGACCAAGGCGAGAAAAAGUGCGGAGUUCAUGCAGCCUUAUAGAAGCAGACCUGAAACUUGUGCAGCCUUGGCGAGACGUUUGGUUACUGGUGCACUUGGGGUGAGAUUGGCCACUGCCAGGCAGGAGAGGGAACAUGAAAAAGUUGUCUUACGCGAAGCUAAAGAAAAAAGGAGACUUGCGAAAAAACAGUGUGACGAUGCCUGGGAAGGCAUAAUAACGCCAAAAUGAUGACUAACAAUUAAUUUUAAGGAUUCGAAUGAACCUAGAUAUCGUGGAAUUGUGCCUUACUCAUCUAAUCCUCUUUAUCGAUAACAAAAAAAUAUCGAACGGACCGCUCAAAGAAUGCCUUUCUUUUUUCUUUCUUGCGCAGGGGUGGCUUUUCUUUUUUAUCAAAGUAGAUGAGUGUGGCAUGAGACAACGAGUUUUAAUGUUGUUGUUCACCGUUAUCUGUCUAAAUUACUCAGAUGUUUUUCCUUAAGUAAAAACCCUGAAUUCUCCCCUUCGUACGUGUCACUGCGUACAAUAAUGGAAAUCGUGGCUUGGGGGAAAACUAAUUGCCCAAAAUAGUUAGUUGUACCUGCAGAGUUUAAAUGGAACGCCUAAGAAUCGUAAAUAUUGUUAAAUCGGGCGAUGCAAUUGAAUGUUAUCGAUUAACUAUUUAUGUUCAACAAAAACUGCCUUCAUUUCAUUAUCACGACAAUAAACCUGUACGAAGUGAAAGGAUUGAUUAAAAUGGAUAAUUAAUCUCUUGUUGAAAACAAAAUGAAAUAUACAACGAUGUCACGUUAAUUUUUAUAACGACCAAGAAAUUCUAACUGUAUAAACUCAUCACUCAUUGACCAGAUUGAGAAUUUCAGAAUCCCGUGUAAUUUUGAACUUCUGAAUAUUCCGGUUCUAUGUAAAUUUUUUAAAUCGUGACGCACAAUCAUAAAUCAUUUCUUUCUUUCGUUAAAUCGCAAAAACCAAAUGCCCAUUAUAUUUUUCUAAAAUAAACACUGUUACUCAGAGAAUUUUUAAAACUAAAUGAUUUUCCAAUGGAACAUAAAAUAUAUAUUUGCCAGUACCUAGUCACGAUAAGAUGAAACAAAAAAAUGUUAUAAUGAGCGUUAAAAACAUAACGACAGUGGAAAAUGGACGGAAAGUUUAUGGAGUAAUAAAAAUAUUUUACGUACUGCAGA